GAAAGUUGUGGUGAAAGAGUACAGAGCCUCGUGGAGCUUUUAGGUGUUUUCGCUCAAUAAACACUCACAACGCCCGGCUUUGCUAAAGAUUACCAAAGUAUGAUAUGAGACUGAUGAUGUGUUUCAUAUUAUUUAACAGGUGGACUCAUUAGUUCGCUGAAUGGCAAAUGAGUGGAUAUAAUUUUCGCAGUGGAACAGUUUCUGGGGGAGCACCGUCAACGCAAUUACCAUUGGGCUGUGUGAGAAAUUGGCGCGUGCGUAAAAUGCGGCAUGUUGGCAUGUUUUGCAAGGUUCUCUUCUUAGUUGGUGUCUUGGGAUGAUUUCUUACCAUUGCCACAGCUUUACACUUGCAUCAACUACAAAACCCGAAAAUCCUUCGUUUCUGCUUCAAUAAUAAUUCCUCCAAUUAGUGAAACCAGCAUCGGAAGAAUAAUACCUUUCUCUUUCUUUUACAUUCGGUUUCAUUCAACCGAAUUUUUCUUUCGCUAAUUUCCUUUAUUGUUUGUUUUCAAUUUCAUUCACCAGAAAAAAAAAAAAAAAAGGAAUUAGUGAACGAAUAUACAUACAUACUAUACACAUAUUUAUAUAUUUCUGUAAAAAAUUCUCCACCUCAUCGCAGCAUAAACUCAAGAACAGCGUAAUCUUUAUACAUACACAUAUAUAUAUUUUGAAACCCUGAAUCACAUAUACAUAUCUCUAUAUAUUUAAUUUAAAAAAUAACCCAACUAAACCACUGAAAAUGGAUACAGAUGUUCAACACCUCAUAACAGCCGUGGACACAGUGAUGAACCCAGCUGUGAGCCAGCAGGAACGAAUCUUAGCGCACCAGGUCUGUGAUGAACUGAAGGAAAUGCCUUCCAAGAGUAUAAAGUUUGGUCUGAUUCUGGCUCAGAAGGAUUACUCCCCCAUCAUACGGCAUUUUGGUCUCCAGCUUCUAGAGCAUUGUAUCAAAUAUCGUUGGAAUGACCUGACACCAGAAGAGAAAAAUCGAAUGAAGAAAAGUGCCCUGGAAUUAAUUUCAACAGGAACACAAGGUAUUCUGGUGGAAGAACAUCAUAUUAAAGAUGCAGUGUCUCGGAUAACUGUAGAAAUUCUUAAAAGAGAUUGGCCUCAACUUUGGGCAACGUUACUAAAAGAUUUGGAAAUACUAAGCCGUCAAGGGGAAACUCAAACUGAGCUGGUUCUUAUGGUCUUUCUACGAGUCGUUGAAGAUGUCAUUGCAUUUCAGAGCAUUCCACAACAGCGGCGACGAGAAAUCCAACAGACACUAACGGCUAACUUAGGAGACCUUUUUAAAUUUUUCUUGGCCAAACUCAAUUAUCACAAGGGACAGUAUCAAUCAUUGCAACAAAGCACAGAGAGAGACUUUCAGAUGAGGGCACUGGUCCACUGUCGAGUAUGUGAAGCUGUUCUACAGACCCUGUGUGGUUUUGUAGAGUGGGUACCAAUGAGUCAUAUUCUUGAUGACAAUAGUCUUCUUCUACGGUUGUUGUGUCUGCUACUAAAUGACAAGUCACUCCAGUUAAUGGCGGCAGAAUGUCUUUUACUUAUUGUUUCUAGAAGGGGUCGUUUGGAAGAGAGAAAACCUUUGCUGAUAUUGUUCAGUGAUGAUGCCAUGUCUAUUAUUUUUACUGCUGCUAUAGAAGCUAACAAUUCCUCAACCGAUGAGCGUUAUUAUCUCUUCCUAAAACGGUUAUGUCAAGUCUUCACGGAAAUUGGGAAACAACUCUGUGCUUUAUGGGGCUACAGUGAAGAUGUCCAGAAACCUCCUACAUUUACGAAAUACCUCGAAGCAGUAUUAGCCUUUACAGAGCACCCAAGCAGGUUUCUUGGCAGUUUAACGCAUUCCCUGUGGGCCUCUUUCCUCAGGCAUGAGAUUAUAUCCGAAGAUGAAACAUUAAUGUCUUUCAUACCUCGUCUGGUGCGCAGUGCCACUACAACCAUUAUUAAGGUUGGAUUUCCUAGUCAGAACAAUUCACCAAGUUGUAGCUAUGCCUUGCUGGACUUUGACAGUGAUGAAGAAUUCAAUCUAUUUUUCUCACGUUACAGAGCCGAAGUUGCUGAAACUCUGCGACUUGCUACACGCAUCAACCCUAAAUGUACCUUUGAAGCUGUUGCCACUUGGUUACAAGACUUACUGCAGAAACCUGUGGACAUUGGCGGAGGUACUGAACGUGGUAACUGUAACUUAAGUUCACCUGCUUUCCUUGAAUGGGAUGGCUUGACCACUUUCUUGGAGAGUGUCAUGUCCAGACUCACAACGUCCCCUAAUCCACAACCUGAUCGUGCCGCCGGUGUCCAGCUGCUGAAACAAGUCUUGGAUUACAACACACAGGAUCCUUUGAUCUUAUCGUGUUUGCUGUCCUGUGUCUCCGCAUUAUUCACAUUCCUCAAUGACAGUCUUGAAACGCUACCAAUUGUAUUAGACAAGAUUUUCUCAGCUGUUGUCUUCAAUCUUCCUGGCCAAACUAAAUCAACACGAAGCAAAGCUGUUAAAAAUGUCCGGCAGCAUGCUUGCUCAGUUCUUGUGAAAGUCUGCAAGCAAUAUCCAGAUUUGCUAUUUCCUGUAUUCCCAAGUCUUUAUCAACACAUACAGAACAUCGCAAAGGACCCAAUUCAACUGUCUCAAAUGGAGAAAUGUAUUUUAACAGAAGCUUUAAUUCUUAUUAGCAAUCAAUCUCAAAACUUUGAUAAACAAUCCACUUUCAUAGAAGAAGUUCUUCAACCAGUGAAGGAAAUUUGGUUAUCGAAUAGUUUUGAAUUAGCCUUUCAGUCACCUGAGAAAUUCAUGUCAUUUGUAGGCCUAGACCAACCUCCUGUAGAACCAAGCACUGAUGACUUGAGUGGUAUUAACCGUUCACAGAUUUCAUAUUGUAUCAUCACAAUCCUUGCUGUUAUGAAGAGGAGCAAAUGGCCCGAUGAUUUCCAGAUCGCAAAGUCUGGUGGUUUUGUUAAUCCAAGCCUCGAUUCCACUGUCCAGAUACGAAACCCUGCUACUCCACACAUCAGCAUUUUACUCAACAAUCUGUUUGCAUUGCUCAGGACGCUUAGUGCUCUCUGGCUUCAAGAAAACCUGAAAUUAAGGCAUCCAGAUUUUUGCAAUGCAUAUGACCUGCAAGAAGUCGACAAAUUAGCAGUUUUAGGUAUCCAACCACCUUACAUAGACAAUACAGACUCUACAAUAUCCAAACAACCUGUGGAACGUAUGCAGAACUUUAUUGGCAAUAUCCAUGACAAUGGUUACCAUAUCCUGGGCAAUGCUGGCUUGUGUCUCGGUUACGAAUUCUAUGCUCACCCAGAAUUGUCCACGUUACUCUUGAACUAUGUUUUAAUCAACCUGAACAAUAUACCCGACUACAGACUGCGACCAAUUAUUCGUGUUUUUAUGAAGCCUUAUGUUCAACAUUGUCCACGAGAGUAUUUUGUAACUGCUGUCCUUCCCUUGCUCUCCAAGCUCUGUCCAUAUAUGUACCAGAGGUUGAGUUUGAAAUGGGAACAAAUUAACAAACGAUGCCAAGAUGCUUCCAGUGUUGAUGAAGACAAAGAAGUCCUAGAAGACCAAUUAACGAGGCAGCUAACGAGGGAAUAUUUAGAACUUUUAGGUGUGAUAUGUAUGAACAAGAAACCUGAAACAGAAGACAAUAUAGAUGAUAUGGAGGUCGUUUCUCAGGGAGCACCCACCAGGGACGAUAACCUCAGUGAAUUAGGCCAAAUGUGUAUGAAAACUGAAGACAUCUAUCCCUUCAUCUUCCUGUGUGUGUAUGAUGGGCUUUUAUGGCGUGACAGUUCCACAUGCCACAAAUGUAUCAGCUUGGGAUGGCCAGUACUUAAACAGAUGCUUGCUGACAAAACAGUAACCUCAGCUGUUGCCCAUCACUUACUUCACGCUGUCCUGUUAGGACUAAAACUACAUGGUCAACAUGAAGCAGGCCAGGCUAUGUUGCUGAGUCUGGGAUUACAAGUCUAUGAAGUUCUGCGCCCUCUAUUUCCUGAUAUCCGGUUAGUGAUGCAACAACAGAUACCAUAUUGUACAGAAACAUCUCUGAAGUCGUUUGAUGACAAAGUCCUCCAUGUGGCACCUCAGAAACAGUCUGACAAAAGGAAAAAAGAUGCUUUUAAAAAGCUUGUCUCUGACAUUAUUGGUGUUCAGAGUGAAGCGAAGUAGAUACAACGGGGUACCUCAUGCUGCUUCAAAAAUCACUACCAUCGCUCCAACCUCUUUCCCCCACACACGGACAGUGUCCUCUCAGCCUUUUGUAUUGCAGUUACAAUGGCCUCUACUUCUCCGACUUGGCUGGUCUCAUCCAUUCAUUUGUCGUCUCUCUCUCUCUUCCUCCUGACAUUUGUAUUUCGUCCGUCCACUGCAUCAGUCUAUGCACUAACUGCCACGCCCAGUCCUUCCCCCACCCCAGAACGCUGACUCUCGGGGAAAUUCUUCCAAACAGACACACCCCUUGCCUAUGUUGUGCCUUCAGCCGUCAGUUUGCAAUGGUUCAAGAAUAACAUUAAUCGCUUAUUGGCCAUUGAAAAGCACACAAAGACUAUUAGAUUCACUUAAACAUUUAUUCUUUACCCAGGGUUUCGUCACUCCAGAAGAAGGAACCUCUCUUUGGACUCCUUCCACCGCUAUUUGUCUAUGGCCAGUCAUGGCCACGUAGGUCCCAGGCUGCGGGUGAAAUCAUUUCGCCAUCGGCACGUAAAAAGCACCAACCGAUCGUGGCCGAUGCCAGACUCCCCUGGCACCUGUGCCGGUGG